GCUUCAGUUUGGUUUGGGAUGGUCUCUCUGUAGCUGUAGCAGUCAGCCGCCGUUAUUGAUGUUUUUUUUCCUCGACAUUUCCAUGGUAACUGUCCUGUCUAAGGUCUGAUCUGCAGCGAGGAGCCGAGCAGUGUAUGAGAAAUGGAGCUGGAGGAAAAAAACCCGGACCCUAAAUACGGGGAGUCCAGGAAAUUUGACCCAAACUUCAAAGGGCCAAUUCACAACAGGGGCUGCACAGAUAUCCUCUGCUGUAUUCUCUUCAUCUUAGCCUUGUUCGGGUACUUUGCUGUGGGCAUCCUUGCCUGGUCUCAAGGUGACCCCAGGAAAGUGAUCUACCCCACAGACAGCAGGGGGCAGUUCUGUGGACAAGCUGGAACACCUCUGGAGAAGAAGCCUCUUCUGUUCUACUUCAACAUCUUGAAAUGUGCCAGUCCUCUGGUCCUGCUGGAGUUCCAGUGUCCCACCACACAGUUAUGUGUGGAAAGCUGUCCUGACAGGCAUUUGACAUUGGUGAAAGCCAAGCUAAACAGCAAAGAUCAUGAAUACUACAAACAAUACUGUAAGGAAGGAGUGGACUUUGCCAAAUUGAGUACUCCUGAGAUUUUGAGGGAUAGCUUGUGUCCGGCCAUGCUGAUGCCCAGUAAACCCUUCACCCGUCGCUGCCUUCCUGCCUUGGGAACGAUGAAAGGCGGAGUGGUGGUGGUGGGCAAUGAGACCACUUUUGAUGGCGGAGAGGGCACCGCCGUCAAUGCCACAGAUGUGCUCGAGGCAUCCAAGAAGUCAAAUGUGGUUGUUGAAGCUCGCCAGGUGGCCAUGAGAAUCUUUGAGGACUACACGCAGUCUUGGCACUGGAUAUUACUUGGCCUGGUGAUCGCCAUGGUGGUCAGCUUGAUUUUCAUCGUCUUGCUGCGAUUCCUGGCUGGCAUCAUGGUCUGGGUCAUGAUUGUUUUGGUUAUUCUAGUCAUCGGAUAUGGGAUUUUCCACUGUUACAUGGAGUUUGCGAGUCUGAAGGGAGAGCCGGGUGCUGACGUUACCAUCCGUGACCUGGGCCUGCAGACGGACUUCUCUGUCUACCUGCAGAUCAGACAGACCUGGCUGGCCUUCAUGAUCAUCCUGGCUAUUGUGGAGGUCAUCAUCAUCCUGCUACUCAUCUUCCUCAGGAAGAGAAUCCUGAUUGCCAUCGCCCUCAUCAAAGAGGCCAGCAGAGCUGUUGGGCAUGUGAUGUCUUCGCUGUUCUACCCACUGCUGACCUUUGCCCUCCUGGCCGUGGUGAUUGCUUACUGGGCCAUCACUGCUGUUUUCUUGUCCACCUCUAAUGAGCAGGUGUACAAAGUAUUCAACAACUCUGAGUGUGAGUACUCACGAGAGACCUGCGACCCCAAGACAUUCAACACCUCCAACAUUUCAACUCAAUGUCCUGAUGCAGAGUGCCUGUUUGCCUUCUAUGGUGGGGAGACCCUCUACCACAAAUACCUCAUCCUGUUCCAGUUCUACAAUGUGUUCCUCUUCUUCUGGUGCGCCAACUUUGUGACGGCCCUGGGCCAGGUCACUCUGUCGGGGGCCUUCGCCUCGUAUUACUGGGCCUUCAAGAAGCCUGAAGAUAUCCCUGCCUUCCCCAUCUUCGCCUCGCUGGGACGGGCCCUCCGAUACCACACAGGCUCCCUGGCUUUUGGCUCUCUGAUCUUGUCUAUGGUCCAGGUCAUCAGGGUCCUUCUGGAGUACCUCGAUCACAAGUUGAAAGGUGCUCAGAACAAGUUUGCUAAAUUCCUGCUGAGCUGCAUGAAGUGCUGCUUCUGGUGUCUGGAGAAAUGUAUCAAGUUCCUUAACAGAAAUGCCUACAUCAUGAUUGCCAUCUAUGGAAAAAGCUUCUGUCCCUCAGCUCGAGAUGCCUUUUUCCUUCUCAUGAGGAACAUCAUCAGGGUGGCUGUUUUAGAUAAAGUAACUGACUUCCUAUUGUUUCUUGGGAAGCUCCUCAUCGUUGGAAUUGUUGGGAUCUUCUCUUUCUUCUUCUUCUCUGGAAGAAUUAAAGCAGUGGAGGAGGCUGCUCCAUCUCUGAACUACUACUGGGUGCCAAUACUGACACUGGUAGUGGGAUCCUACCUCAUCGCCCAUGGCUUCUUCAGCGUGUACGCCAUGUGUGUGGACACACUGUUCCUCUGCUUCUGUGAGGACUUGGAAAGAAAUGACGGCUCGUCUGAAAGGCCUUACUUCAUGUCCCCCGAGCUGCACGAGAUCCUCUCCAAAACAAAGAGGCUGGAGGAAAAUGGCGAUGCUGUUGAGCAGGCGGAUUCUGCCAAGCCGGCGGACGAGGUGAAAUUGGAGGAAGAGACCCCUCUUCAGCAGCAACAAGACGGAGAGAUCCAACUUAAACAGCAGACAGUGCUAAAGCAGGACAACGAAGAGGAGCAGCCUCUGCAGUCCAAGAUGGAUGCCGAAGAGCCAAAAGAGGAAAAAAAGAAGAAAGAAAAAGUAAGCGAGGCAGAGGAUGCUGAAAAGAAAGAAGAACCACAGGAAAGAGAAGAGGUGAAAGAAGCAGCAGAAAAGCAAGAGUUGAAACAGGAGGAAAAGCCUGAGGAAGUGUCGCCUCCUGCUGUGGAGGCUAAGAAAGAGGAGACUGGUGAAAAGAAAGAGGAGAAAGAGGAAGAAAAUCCACCGUCUGCACCACAGGAGUAGACGUUAGCAGUAAUGUAAAGGCAAAAAUAAAAAAAUGGUGUGGUAAACCUCAUCAAGCAUAAAGAAUGAAAAAACUGUACUGCAACUUUGUGAUAUGGACCUGUUAAAUGUAUGGCAUACAACAAGCUAAAAUUUCAGAUCGCCUUGCUAUUUGAGUGGUGUGACGUCAAGCUGGAGAAGGUCGUGGUCGACAUGUGAAGGUCGAAGCAGGUCAAAGCCCAGUGCAUCUCUGUAGCUUGAAAAAAUGCUCUCUUGUGUUGGUUUUAGAACAGUGUUGGUUUUUAUAUUGUGAAGAUCUGUAGAACUUUGUGAGUGCUAAACCUGUGCCUGAUUACUGUCACUAAUAGUUAUUGUCUUAAUCCUGUUAUGCACUACAGAACCACCAAGUACCGUGUUUACAGUCAGAACAAACACAUCUCAAUCGAUGGUGAAUCUCUUUCACUGUUUACAAUAAUACCAGCUGACGCCAAAAUGUUACAGACAUAUUUGAUAUACUGUAUGAAUAUUGGAUCUUUUUCCGCUAUGGGACUUAUAUAUAUACAGUAGUGUAUGUCCAUUAUGUAUUUUUUGGCUUCAGUCUAGAUGGGAUCCCAUGUAUUGUAUUGCCACCUACUUGCCUUGGUAUUUCGGACUGGCGUAAGUGCUGUGAUUGUGUCGCCAUGACGCAGCCAUCGUGACCUCUCUGCAGACCCCAACAGUUGUUUACUGAUCCCACCUGCCUUGCCCUGUCCCUGUCCUCUCUCUGUCUCUCUGUCUUUCUAAGUGCUGCAUGGUGUUGACAUGGCCUUCUGAAUGCUCGCGGCUAACAUCUUAAGUGUCUGGAUGCUUUUGUACUUUUUUCCCCUGUUUGUCAACUUGUGAAAGAUGUAAGUUGAUUUUCCACUAAAAUUACUGAUGACAUUCCAUAUUUAUUGGAUGUAAAUCUUGAUUAAAGGUGAUUGUAUUUAA